UUGACCAGUGAAAAUGAGCGGAAGAGGCAAGGGAGGAAAAGGACUCGGUAAAGGAGGCGCCAAGCGUCACCGUAAAGUCCUCCGUGAUAACAUCCAGGGCAUCACCAAGCCCGCUAUCCGCCGUCUGGCUCGCCGCGGUGGAGUGAAGCGUAUCUCCGGUCUGAUCUACGAGGAGACCCGCGGUGUGUUGAAGGUCUUCCUGGAGAACGUGAUCCGUGAUGCCGUCACCUACACCGAGCACGCCAAGAGAAAGACCGUGACCGCCAUGGAUGUGGUGUAUGCUCUGAAGAGACAGGGACGCACUCUGUACGGCUUCGGGGGAUAAACACUGAACGAUCUUUACUAUUGAAGAAAAGGCCCUUUUAAGGGCCACCAAAUCAUUCAAUAUAAAGAGUCAGUUUUCCCCUAACUACACCAUUAUUUAUGUAUAUUAGUAGUACUCUAAUGUUGUCUACCUAUGUUGAACACACUUAUUGUAAGUCGCUUUGGAGAAAAGCGUCUGCUAAAUGACUAAAGUAAUGUACUCCAAGGCAGCAUCAGACAGAUAAUGAAAUCCUACAUGAUAACCUAAUCAUGUGGUACGCUACCUGUAUAAGGUACCUUAAACCGUAAAACUUUUUUAGUCCUACAUUCAGUGGAUAAAAAACAUUUUCUAAAUGCUUGUUUUAACCACAUUCAGUUUCUUUCACUUCUAUGGAAAGAUUUCUUUAAAUGUCAUGAAACAAGCCAGACUCAACUAUGAAAGUCUGAUCCUGUUUUAGUUUGUUAAUUGGAGACACUAAUGCUGCGAUGUCAGUAAUAAUUCGGAAGUACUAACCACCGCAUUUACCAUUCAUCUUGUGUCAGCUGACAAAUAAUUGCCAUUUGUGCAGCCCAACAAAUGAAGUUCCUUGUAUUAGGCCAUAGACACCUAGAAAAAAAUAUGGGUAUUUCCAGUGAAUGUUUAUAACUUGUGCACAUUGACAGGAAGCAUUCAUGAAAAUGUAUCAUCUUUACAUAGAAUGUAACAAGAGAAUAAAAUAAA